AUGGCGGAACAAGAGUUCGGCCGUGAGAGUGACCGUGAGAGCGACCAUGACCGUGACAGCAAACGCGAAGGUCAGCCGGCGCUUGAAGGUCAACCCGAACGACAAGCCGAACACGAAGCCGAACACGAAGAUGAAGGUGAAAGUCGACCCGAACACGAAGGUCAAGGUACACGGCAACAGCAACAGCAACAGAAACCCGAACAUGUCGACGUAUUGAUUUGCGGCGCCGGCAGUGCCGGGCUCUGCGCGGCCCUCUGGCUCGCCAUCUACGGCAUCCGCAGCGUCAAGAUCCUCGAGCGGCGCGCGGGCCCCUUAACCAUGGGCCAGGCGGACGGUGUGCAGUGCCGCACGGUCGAGGUGUUCGAGUCGUUUGGCCUCGCUGAGGAGGUGUUGCGUGAGGCGUAUCAUGUGUUGGAAGUGGCGUUUUGGGCACCGGGACCGGCACCGGACGACACGACCAGGACCAGGACCAACACCGCAUACGAAGGAAUCAAUCAAGACCCGACCAACACCGCCCACGAAGGAAUCAAUCAAGACCCGACCAGAACCACCACCACAACCACAACCACAACCACACUCCGCCGCACCAGCCGCGCCGCAGACACACAGCCCGGCCUGAGUCAUUUGCCCCAUGUGAUUCUCAACCAGGCCCGCAUCAAUGGGCUCAUGCUCGACAAGAUGCGCGGGCUGGGUGGGCACGACGUCGCCUACGGAUAUACUGUCAAGAGUGUGGCUGUGGAUGUGGAUGUGGACGCGGACACAAACAUAGACACAAACAUAGACACAAACAUUGACACAGAUACACACAACACACUCGCAACCUCGGAGUCGGAUCCCACUGCCUACCCCUGCUCCGUGGUCGCGGAGAAAGAUGGCCAGGAGGAGCUAUUCAGGGCGAAAUAUGUCUUGGGCUGCGACGGUGCUCACAGUAUGGUGCGCAAAUCCCUCGGAUUCAAAAUGGUCGGCGACACGACGGACGCAGUCUGGGCAGUCAUGGACGUCUACGCUCGAACCAACUUCCCCGACAUACGGCGGAAAGCGACGAUCCACUCGCACGCCGGCACGGUGCUGGUGAUCCCGCGCGAAGGCGGUUCCCUGGUACGGCUGUACAUCGAAUUCCCUGCGGGCACCACGGUCGAGUCGAUCCAACUGAGCGACGUGCACGCGAAGGCGGGCCAGAUCUUCGCGCCGUUCGAGUUGGACAUUGCCCAAACGGCCUGGUGGUCGUGCUACUGCAUCGGCCAGCGGCUGGCCGACCGCUUCAGCCUGCUCAACCGUGUCUUCCUGACCGGCGAUGCCUUCCACACCCACUCGCCCAAGGCCGGCCAAGGCAUGAACGUCAGUCUGCAGGACGGGUAUAACAUCGGCUGGAAACUGGGCAUGGUGUUGAAGGCCGGCAAUGAUCAAGACCAAGACCAAACCCAAACCCAAGCCCAAGCCCGCUCCUGUUCCCGCGCCCACGCCCGCGCCCGCGCUCGUCCCAAUCGCUUGUUGUCCACCUACACUCUCGAGCGCGGCAGGACCGCCGCCGACCUGAUCGACUUCGACCGCUGGUUCACCAAAUUGUUUUCCAGGAAGACCAGUGUCGGCAAUCACCAUCAUCAGCCUGGGACUGGGACUGGGACUGUCGCUGACACUAACGCUGUCGCUGUCACUGACGAUGUCGCUGGCACUGGCACUGGCACUCGCACUGGCACUCGCACUGUCGCUGACGCUGAUGCUGACGCGGACAAAGGUACUGAACCAGAACAUGAUGGUGAGACCGCCUGGACCCCCGAGCAGUUCAGCCAACACUUCAUCCGAGCUGGCCGCUACACUGCCGGGCUGACGGCCAAGUAUGAGGAUUCCAGCAUCACGUCCUGCGCGACCAGCAAGCAGGAGCUGGCCCAGAACAUCCUGGUCGGCAUGCGCUUCCCCAGCGCCCAGGUCGUGCGGUUCUGUGACGCCAAAGCCAUGCCGCUGGUCCAGGCGCUGCGGGCAGACGGCCGUUGGCGCCUGGUGUUCUUCGCCGGCACCAUUGGGCAUCCUCAUACUCUUCCCAGGCUGCAGAAGAUGGCCAACUAUCUCGAUUCUCCCGCAGGCCCCGUGCGGAGGUAUACGCCGUCGUCCUCCGACGUCGACAGCUUUCUCGAGCCCAUCGUGGUCUUGGCCGGCGAAAGGGUCAAACUCGAGCAGGAGGACAUCCCCCUGUUCUUCUGGCCGGUCACAGGAAAGUGGAAGAUGCGAGAUUUGCAUAAGAUAUUCAUUGAUGACGAGAGCUACAAUUCCGGCCACGGCCACGCCUAUGAAAAGUACGCCAUCGACCCGGAAAUCGGGGCCACUGUCAUCGUACGACCAGAUCAAUAUGUGUCGAAAGUUCUCUCCAUCGACGAUACACUAGGCAUCGGAGAGCUCUUUGACCAGUUCAUGGUGCCGGAAGUGCAAAAUAGAUCUCUGUGA